CCAGAAGCGAGCCGGCCAGCACCCUUAUUUUUUCACUACAGCGGCCGCUGGUUGGUCGGAUUCGUAUUCGCAAACCACAUACAAUACAUUUCACCGCCUGCCAAUCUAAACACAGCCCACCCCAAAUCUUGGUUCAGGCGGCUCUACAGAACCCGCGUACAGCGCCGUAGCAGCCACUCAGGGGUCGUUCUUUUCUCGCCCGCCUGGCAGAAAAUAAUUGAACGCGAUUAGCAUUCGAUGGCUGCGAGUACGCUCAAGACUAGCUUAGCCAAAUAAAACGUCCCACCUCCCCUUUCUUCUUAAACCUGCGCUGCUGCUCAUUCUUUUGCAACUCCAUCCGCAUCCUCUCUCAUUCUCCUCUACUCUCUAAUUCUCUCUCCCCUCGAGGACCAUUUCAUUCAACAUGGCUCCUUCUGCCACAUCUAACCUCGAGCGCGAGGACCACGCCCGUGAUGCCGCCUUCAACAAGGCCAUGCACGGCAAGUCUGCCCAGGCCAAGGGCGGUAUUGCUGCCAUGUUCUCCAAGGGCGGUGACGCCAAGAAGGCUGCUGUUGACGAGUACUUCAAGCACUGGGACAACAAGCCUGCUGAGAACGAGACCGCUGAGGAGCGCGCUGCUCGUACUGCCGAAUACGCUACUCUCACCAGACAUUACUACAACUUGGCCACUGACCUGUACGAGUACGGCUGGGGACAGUCCUUCCACUUCUGCCGUUUCUCUACCGGCGAGCCUUUCUACCAGGCCAUUGCUCGUCAUGAGCACUACCUUGCCCACAGCAUUGGCAUCAAGGAGGGCAUGAAGGUCCUCGAUGUCGGCUGCGGUGUUGGCGGCCCUGCCCGUGAGAUUGCCAAGUUCACUGGCUGCCACGUUACCGGCCUCAACAACAACGACUACCAGAUCGACCGUGCUACCCACUACGCUGCCAAGGAGGGUCUCUCCAACCAGCUCGACUUUGUCAAGGGUGACUUCAUGCAAAUGUCUUUCCCCGACAACACCUUCGAUGCCAUCUACGCGAUUGAGGCUACCUGCCACGCCCCCACCCUCGAGGGCAUCUACAGCGAAAUCUUCCGCGUCCUCAAGCCCGGUGGUGUCUUUGGUGUCUACGAGUGGCUCAUGACUGACGAGUACGACAACGACAACAUCCGCCACCGUGAGAUCCGUCUCGGUAUCGAGCAGGGUGAUGGUAUCUCCAACAUGUGCAAGGUCUCCGAAGGCCUUGCCGCCAUCAAGGCUGCCGGCUUCGAGAUGCUUCACCACGAGGAUCUUGCUGACCGCCCCGACCCCUUCCCCUGGUGGUGGCCUCUGUCUGGUCAGCUCAAGUACCUCCAGAGCGCUGGUGAUCUCUUCACCAUUGUCCGUAUGACCCACUGGGGCCGCUUCAUUGCCCAUGGCUUUGCUGGUCUCAUGGAGACGCUUCGCCUGGCUCCCGCCGGCACCAAGAAGACUGCCGACAGCUUGGCGCUGGCCGCUGACUGCCUGGUUGCUGGUGGCCGUGACCACCUCUUCACUCCCAUGUACCUCAUGGUUGCCCGCAAGCCCGAAUAAGUGCUGCGAGCCGCUAGGAAAGGAAAUAUACAUGACGAUGGAGUUUGUUUUUUGAAAAGAAAAGUCAAAACGCAUGAAUGAACGGGGAAGGCAUUAUCACAAAAGCACACAGCCUCGUCGGAAGGUGCAGCGCAUUGCAAAACGCUCCGGUGGUGCGCAGCCGACGAGGGAAAGCAAGUUUCACGGAUCACUAGACAUCAGGAUUCCCUAUCUCUCUUUUUUUUACUCUUUUUCUUAUAAGAAUUCAUGUAAUUAUAGCAACUACAACUGGCUAAUCAAUAUUUCGACAAGAGAAUUUUAUUACUAUUAUUUCAUAACUUAAGUUUGAUCCUCAUUAAGCUUUGCGAUCGUUGCGUUUCUCGGGACACGCAGCACUGCCGCCUCUAAAAUUAGAUUAGCUGCGUGCCUGGUCGCGCAUGGGGCUGAAGUUGCAUUAGCGCCUGCUGCCAGUGCCGCCACGGGGCCCCUUAGACGGCUGUCACUGGCUUCAGAGCACUCUGAGACACAGUGGCCGAAAACAGUCAGUAGCAAAAUUUCUAUUCAACUAGAAAAAAAUAGAAUAGUAUUAACCUAAUUGCAAAAAUACUCCGUUCCCGUAAACUUUCUAAUUCGUGUGUAUGUGUAUAUGUACAAUUCUAAUACGAUGAUGCUAUCCUUGUCGCUCGUAUUGAGCCAUGCUGUGGCUCCCGUUGUUUAGAUUCUGCUGUCAGGGCCUUUGACCAGGCCGAAAACGCAUCAGUCUCUGUUUGCGAAUGCCAACGAAAUAAAAAUAAAAACGAAAUGAGAGGAAUGCCCAGCGUUUGCAGUCGUACAAGCAAGGCAGCGCAAUGCCAAUUGGCGCAAAACAAAAAAAUCAGAGACACAAGGGAGGGCGUAUCAACCUUUGUUGUGGUAGUGCGCCAUCUCGAGGCCAGCUCGUCGGAAUCCGCACUUGAUGUAGAAGCCCUCGUUGGUUUCGCUGCAGUCGAGGAUUGUCUUGUAGCAGCCGACGUUCUUCGCGACGUAGUCGAGAGCCUGGAUCAUGCGCAGGCCGAGCUUCUUGCCCUGCUGGUCCUUGGCGACGGCGAUGUCUUCGAUGUGGCCGACACGACCAAGGCUGUGAAUGCUGUUUGUUGUUGGUGGUUAGUUUGCAAUGCUCAUCAGAUUCUCAAAAGUAUUCGCCAUUAAACGUACAACUUGCGCUCUACCAUCAAAGCGCCAGUAGCAACAACAGCAUGUUCCUUUCUCGCUGUGUCCUCAAUGACCAUGAUGUAGUAGCCCUCCUGCUCGUCCAUGGCGUCGUACUGCUUCUGGAAGUCCUCCUCGGUGAUCUCGCCCACGGUCGUCAGCACGCGGAGGCAGUCGAGGAAGCCAGAGUUAUAAUCGGAGCGUCGCAGAGCGCGGAAUCUGUAGCCAGGUGGCAGCUGGGCGGCGACCUCUGGGGAUACGAGGUCCAAGCCAAAGAGGCCCGUCUCUUGGUCUUGCUGUUGCAUGGUGUCGCCGUUUGCGUUUGUUGCGGGAGAAGAAGCUCCAAUGGCUGGCGAUGUCGAUACGGCAGAGGCGAUAGGGUAAAAAUACUGCGCAAAGGAGUUGAUAAGGUCGAACAUGAUGCAGGUGGGUGGAAACGAUGACACGAUAAAGAAAGC